AUGGAAAAUUCCAACCAAUUUCUGGAGACGGUGGCUGAGUAUGACCAGGACUCGUUGAGGUUCCAAAAGAUUGAGUUCGCUAAUAAAUUGAUCCUCAACGUCCUCACAAACGACAUUAUGGACACAACUCUCGACAUUCCACUUUCCACCCAAGCCACCAUCAAUGAUGGACUUUCCGACGAAGAUUCUUUGGGUGUUGAACCGGUAGUGUUGGUUGGAAACCCGCACAAUCUCAAGAUUCAGGUGGUUGCAGGCCAGAUUGGCAAGGUGGUGAGACAGCUGAAGAACCCACGUAAUGUUAUAUUGAGUUUGGGGUCUCGAUGGUUUGGAAGUGGAGAUUCGACGGAAGACGGAGAUUUCGAGAAACUAAUGUUUGUAUUGGGAAACAUCAAGAAAUUGUUAGAGUAG